AUGUUUCAACAUCAUCCUUCUUGUCCCACAUCCACGAUUGGCAAAGAAGAUACUGAAUCUUCAUCACCGGGAUCAUCACCACUCCCGUUAAUAACAACAACAAUAGCCUCGUCUUCAUCGCUUUCUCACCUCCGAAAUGAAAAUGAUCACUCCCACCAUCAACGUCAUACAAAUACUCUGAUGUUAUCCUUGAAUGAUGAAACGAAAAUUUCAUCGCCUUCUCCUCUUCACCCAAAGAAUGAAAGAGCUCAUAAAUUUCAUGCCUUAAAUGAACCACAGCACACGAAAUCACGAAUUGCACAGUUAAAAUCGUGUUGUACUCGAUAUAACAGAGUCAUUGUAGUCACUUUUGGAUUUUUAAUUGCUAUCCUACCAUUUAUUAUGUGCUUGUUUUAUAGAAAUUUAAUAUUACUAUCUAUAUUCGUAUUAUUGGUUCAAUAUUUAGUGACCUUGUUGAUGUUCAAUAUGAUGGAACGAAUGAAUCAAUUUAUUGACCAAAAUGCGAUUUUCAUUACAAAACCAAAUGUUAUUGACAUCAAAAUUGUAUUAUCAAUUAUGGAAGAUUAUUUUAAAGAAGAUGUUAGAUUUUCAUCUAGAGCAAUGAUUCUUGGAAGCAUGGAUACUUUAUUUGUAUAUAGUUCAUAUAGAUUUUUGGUAUUUUGUGACAGAGUGUCAAGCUAUGUUUGGAAGCCAUUUUUUGGUACAGAUAUUAAGCAGUCUGUCAAAUGGGAAACCGAUUUACAUUUGACAUUAUCUAUUCUACAUUACAUCAUUUCAACAUUUUUGACCUAUUUAAUUUUUACAUCUCAAUAUGCAUUGAGAGCAAUGAACUUAAACAGAGAAGACUCAUUCAAAUUACUGUUUUGGAUGUCGUUGCUGAUGCAUUCUGCAUGCACUCUAUUUCACACAUUUAAUGCUUUCUUUUUUGGAGGCAAAGAUGCUCUUGUGAAAAAUUAUCUAACUCUCACCAAGGUUAUUCCUCUAAUGGCUAAAAUAUUUACAAAGCGCAAUGAGGAUGAUGACACAGAUGAAGGACAUGGUGGCAAUGGUAGCAGUCACUCAACUUUAAUUUCCUCUUCUCAUCAUGAACAACCCAACACACCUCUUCAGUACCGGUUAACUGUGUUUGAGUGGCAAUCUUUGAACUUUCUCAUUAUUUUCUCCACAUUCACAUGCAUUGCCUACUUUACCCCUUUGAGUCAAUCCUUUGGAUUUUAUUAUAUUUUUCAAUUUAUUAUUGGUUUGAUCAUAAUGGUGUUACAAUUUUGGAUUUCUCAAAUUUCAAUUAGUACGAAGAAGUACACUGUAAUAUCCUUUGUUGUUUUAUUACUGAGCUUGAUUUUCCUUAAAUUUUUUAUGGGAGCUUUUGUGAUGCAGUACCUGUUUGCCUAUGCUUUGAUUUUGUUUGGUUUGCCAUUCGAGAAAUUCUUAUUCAAGUCAUUACCAAUGUUUGUGACAGAGAAGGGACUUAGAUAUUUUGCGUUUGUGUGGUUGACUUCACUGCAAUUAAUAACUGUGCUUGUGUUUUUUGUUAGAGGUUUCCUUUUCUUGUACUUUUACCUGUAA